UCUAGAAAAUUCUUUUUUACUAACUUAUUAAUACGGUAAUAAACAAAAAUUGUUCAUUGUGCUAGAAAAGUCCAAGAAUAAAAGAUAAACAGAAGAAAAUUCGGAAGAUAAAAGAUAAAUAAACACAAAAUACAUCAAAAUAUGGCAGAGAAAGAGCAAGCAUUGCGCGAAAAGGAAUUAGGUAACGAGGCAUACAAGAAGAAGAACUUCGAUGUGGCGAUCCAGCACUACAACAAAGCCAUCGAGCUCGAUCCGACAGACAUAACCUUCCACAACAACCUCGCUGCCGUGUAUUUUGAACGCAAGGAGUACGAACAGUGCAUCAAACAGUGCGAAAAGGGCAUCGAGAUUGGCCGUGAAAAUCGUGCAGACUUCAAGUUGAUUGCCAAAGCCUUGACGCGCAUCGGAAAUGCCCACAAAAAACUCGGAAAUCUGGUUGCGGCAAAGACACACUACGAAAAAGCCCUUUCCGAACACCGUACGCCCGACACAAAAACCCUCCUGAGCGAAGUGGAAAAGAUGAUCAAGGAGGAGGAACGACGCAAAUACAUCAAUCCCGAGCUGGCGGAGAAGGAAAAGGAGCUGGGCAACGACUUUUUCCGAAAAGGAGACUACAGUACGGCACUCAAACACUACAGCGAAGCAAUUAAACGGAAUCCCGACGAUCCAAAGUUGUACAGCAACCGGGCGGCAUGCUAUACAAAACUCGCGGCAUUCGACUUAGGACUGAAAGACUGCGAAAUGUGCGUGAAACUGGAUGAGAAAUUCAUCAAGGGAUGGGUGCGCAUGGGAAAAAUCCUGCAGGGCAUGCAGCAACAGUCAAAGGCGUUGUCGGCAUACCAAAAAGCCCUCGAACUCGAUCCACAAAAUGCCGAAGCGCUCGAGGGAUAUCGCGCCUGCACGAUUCAAACGCAUUCAAACCCCGAGGAAGUGUGGAAGAAAGCCAUGUCUGAUCCCGAAGUACAGAAAAUCCUCAAGGAUCCCGCCAUGAGACUCAUUCUCGAGCAAAUGCAAAGCGAUCCAAAGGCUGUUCAAGAUCACUUGAAGAACCCCGAAAUAGCAUCGAAGAUUCAAAAAUUGCUGGAAUCCGGCAUCAUCCAAAUUCACUAAGCAACAAAAAAAAAAUUAAGUCAAACAUCAACAGGAAAGCCAUUUUGAAUGACUCAAAGACGGAUAAUAUUUUAAGGAAACCAGUCUCCAUUUCGUACACAACUCGUAUUUACUUUUAGUAUAAAACUUCUCGACACGACAAUUUGCUAAAAAAAAGUUGCCGAGAAUAGCUUUGGACGCUACACUAAAAACUAUUAUCUGAUUUUUUACAAUGUAAACUUAAUUUUUUUUCAUUUUCAUUGUCAGUAAAAAAUAUACACAAAUUAUUACCGCAGAA